AUGGCCGACGACCGCCGCUCUGGCGAAUUCGUGUUUUCAUAUUAUGAUGCGAGUGCAGCCGGCUGGCCGAGCGGAUGGGCAUUCUUUGUAGGCUUGUUGCAGGCGGCAUAUACCUUGACCGGAUACGGCAUGGUCGCAGCCAUGUGCGAAGAAGUCCAAAAUCCAGAGCGUGAAGUCCCAAAAGCAAUGGUUCUUUCGGUCGCAGCCGCGGCAGUAACAGGAAUCAUCUACCUAGUCCCUAUUCUUUUCGUUCUACCCGAUAUCCCCACGCUCCUCGGAGUCGCAUCCGGCCAGCCGAUGCCGUUGUUGUACAAGAUUGUAACAGGCAGUCCUGGGGGAGGAUUCGGCUUGCUGUUCCUCAUUAUCGGAAUUGGAUUCUUUGCCGGUAUCGGCGCACUUACCGCAGCCUGUAAGUCACGCGGCCAUCACAUCAUCAAGAUCAAGCUAAACUGA